AUGGGCUUUAUUCAGAAUUUAAUCAAAAAUCUUUUUCCAAAUAAAAUUAUAACUCAUCAUAUAAAUGACUCAACUAAUGAACCAUCAGAUCAAAAUACUAUGACAAAUGAUAUUUAUAUAAGUAUAGAAAAAGAAAAUAAAUCUCGACAAUUUUGUCGUCUUACCAUUGAACAACUGAUAAUAUUAUAUGAACAUUGUCCUGUAUCCGAUCGAACUUUAUAUGAAUUUAUAUCUCUUUCGAAGCCUGUCAAAACAUAUAUUGACUAUGAGUACUACAUCGACAAAAAUCUUGAUAUAGAAAAUCAUUACAUUGGUCCUAUAUCUUCUCUUAAAAUACUUUACUAUUUUCUAAAUAUUCCAAAUAAUACUAUUGAUACAAUCGAAACUUAUACACAAAAGAUUUUAAAACAAUUUCUAGUUUUACAAGCAUCAACAAACGAAAAGAUAUCCUAUCAUUUUAUACAUUCAAAACCAUCAGUUUUAUUUGAAAAUGUAUCAUCUCUUGGUACUUUCCUCAAAGCUAUAAUUCAUUUUCUCCUAUUAUCAGUUAUUCGACAUAAAUGUACAAUGUUUAAUAUCAAUUCACCAUCAGAACCAUGUACAAUAUCAAAUUUAAUUCAAAUCUUAGGUCCAUAUGUCAAUAUAUUACGAAAACAUUGCACUUCAUGUACAAUAUCGAUUCCUUACGUUUCAAUUGCUAAUAUUUCAUAUUUGCUUGUACGAAGUAGAACAGAUAAAUGGACUACAGCGAUUGACAUCAAUGUUUAUUCAAAAAACCAACAAUUUCGUUUAUUUAAUAGUGUAAAAUACGGAAAAAACAAUCCCCUUAUUCCCUCAACUAUAUUUCCUUUUGAUUCUUCACUACAAUAUUCAUCUAGUGACAUUCUUAAAAAAUCAUUAAUUACCUUAAUUGAAGAUCAUCAAAUACCAAAAAUUUAUUUCAAAAAUAAAAAUUUUAUAAUUCAUUUUUCACCGUAUUCUAAUUCAACAACUACAAUUCCACAUAAUUUAUCAAAUAUUAAAUUAAUUAAUGAUCACAUAGAGCAUUCAUGCUUUCUUAAUCUAGAUACAAAUACUAAUACAAAUCAAAAUUCCCCUUCUUCAUUACAUCUAAAUAAAUCUAAUAAGCUAGAUUUAUCUGUACCUGAUAUCCAAAUAUUUAUGAUUUUUGUUCAGAACAUCAUUACAUCUGAUCCAUCUCAUCAAGGCUAUAUACAUUCAUGCAUUAGAGGAACUUAUAAUAAAAAUUUAUUAUUUUUCAAUAUAGCAGGUCAUUAUAAAUAUUGUCCAAAGAAAAAAAAUCAUCAUCAACAUAACAACGUAGCUAUCAUCAUAAAUAUUAAAAAUUAUACAUAUAGCAUUCGAUGUAAAGAUCCUGAAUCCACCUUGACUCUUAAUCAAGAAUUAACAAAUAAACAAUUGAUUAAUGAAGUUCAUUCUAUAACUGAUAAUAUUGAACGAAAAAAAUUUCAUCCUAUUGAUGAUGAUGAUUUACAAUUUCAACCAACAUCAAUGUCUUUAUCAACAUCACUAAUUACUAAAUCACCACCACUACCAUCACCAAUAACACUUGUAAAACAGUCAAUUAUUCGCCAAUCAUCUAUACCCAUUCAAUCAAUGAUGAUAACACAAAUUCAUUCAAUUCUUGAUAAUAUUGAUUCAGUUCUCGAUAAAAUUGAAAUACAAGCUAAUUCAGUCAUUCGACGACCAGCUUUUAAUGAAAACUAUUAA